UGGUACGCAUAUGGCCUACUUGUUGCGACGUCUAACAACGAAGAAAGAAGUAGAUAAUGCAAUCAAGACUACCGAAGAUAAAGUUUUAAUACUGCGAUUUGGGCGUGAGACUGAUUCAGUGUGUCGCCAGAUGGAUGAUAUCCUUGAAAAGUCUCAAGCAGAACUAGAAAACAUGGCAUCUAUUUUCAUUGUGGAUGUAGACACAGUUCCAGUCUACACAGAAUACUUCGAUAUUAGUCUGAUUCCUGCUACGGUGUUUUUCUUCAAUGCCCAACACAUGAAAGUCGAUUGGGGGACUCCCGAUCACACCAAAUUUAUUGGAAGCUUCAAGAUCAAGCAGAAUCUAAUUGAUGUGGUAGAAACUAUCUACAGAGGUGCCAUGCGAGGAAAACUAAUUGUAAACAGUCCGUUAGAUUCCAGAGAUGUUCCCAAAUACUCACUCCUUUAUAAAGACAUAUAACAAGCUAUUACAGCAAGAAAGUAAAUUAUUGCGUGUGCAGCAGGCUUCUAGUUGAUAGUGUACACAAACAUAAUCAAAUCAUAGUAACGUUUGCA